GCGGUGGCGGUGCGUCACGGACUGACUCUGAAGAAGAAUAGUAACAACGCGCGUCUACGUGUCUCAACAAAUUCCAUGCAGAGCUACGUAGCAAAGAUAUAAUUAAGCAGUGGAGGAGCGCUAGCUAGCAAAUUAUAAGCUCAGCACAGCAGCGAGCCAUGGAAAUCAUCCACAAGUUCCUCAACCUAGUAGCUCCACCCUUCACUUUCUUCUCCCUCUGCUUUCUUCUCCCCCCCUUGUACACCUUCAGGUUCUUCCUCUUUGCUCUCACCUCCAUUAUCAGCGAAGACCUUGCCGGCAAGGUCGUCCUCAUCACCGGCGCCUCCUCUGGCAUCGGAGAGUACCUGGCAUACGAGUAUGCGAGAAGAGGGGCUUGCUUGGCACUGGUGGCACGUAGAGAAGCCUCGCUCCGGGAAGUGGCAGACAGGGCACACGACUUUGGGGCUCCCGAUGUGGCUGUGAUACCGGCCGAUGUGUCGAAGGUAGAUGACUGCAAGCGACUUGUUAAUGAGACCAUCAAUCACUAUGGUAGAUUGGACCACCUGGUCAAUAAUGCUGGGAUUCAUUCCAUCUGCAAGUUUGAAGAUGUUACUGAUGUCAUUACCUUCAGAGCCGUCAUGGACACCAACUACUGGGGAUCCGUUUACACAACACGUUUUGCAGUUCCAUACCUAAGAAACAGUAGGGGCAAGAUCGUAGUCCUGUCGUCCUCCGCUUCUUGGUUGCCUGCACCGAGGACGAGCUUCUACAAUGCGAGCAAAGCAGCCCUUUCGAGUAUGUUUGAGACAUUGAGGGUCGAACUAGGGCCUGAGAUCGGAAUAACAAUAGUCACGCCGGGGUUUAUAGAGUCUGAGCUGACUCGGGGCAAGUACUGGUCCAGGGAAGGCAAGCUGGAGGUGGAUCGAGAUAUGCGAGAUGUUCUAGUGGGGAUGAUGCCGGUGGGACUGGCGGAGGGGUGUGCCAAGUCGAUCGUGAACAGUGCCUGCAGGGGCGACAGGUACUUGACAGAGCCAAGCUGGUUCAAGGCAACGUACCUGUGGAAGGUGUUCUGCCCUGAACUGGUCGAGUGGUCCUACCGGAUGAUGUUCCUCGCGAGUCCUGGGGCUCCACCAACCGAGGCACCCUCCAAGAAGAUGGUGGAUCUCCUUGGAGCCAAGAAGUUGCUCUAUCCAGGCACCAUUCAGACACCUGAGGUUAAGACUGACUGACAGUAGUUGGCACUGGGACUGGAGCAAUGCAUUGCAUGCCCAUCGGAUCAUCUGUUUUGAGUGUGUUCACAUCCCAGCCUCACAUCACGGUGAAACCAAAGCUUUAAUUUUAAAGCAAGUCUCCGGAUUCCUCCUCCAUGUAUGCCAUGGGAGGACGGCUUUCCUCAACAAAAAGGAAAAUAAUUUUUUUUAAAAAAAAAAGAGUAUAUAAAGUGUAUCUAUCCACUAUAGUUACGUAGCUUAAGUCACUGGUGUCAGGGUACGUAGUCCUGUGAAGGGAAGGACGUGUUUGAUCUUCCUUUUUUUUCUUUUUUCUUUUUUUGUUCAUCUUGCUGCUUAUAUAUGUCGUGUAAAUAAAACCUUCAUCAAUGAUAUGCUUAUGAUACAAGGGGUUGCGUUUAA